AUGGCAGAACAAAUCUUAGCAAAAUUAGAUGUUCUAGAUAAGCAAGCAAUGUUGAUCUCAACCAGAAGAAUAAAGGAGAACAGACUUCAGAGUCAAAUAAAGAAAAAGACUUCAGUUAUACCCCUGACAUUUGAUUUUCAUUUGAAUUUUGAAGAAACUAUCGAUAUGUCCACAUCUACACCAUUACCAAAGAUCACAAAAGACAAGAUAUGUGACAAUGAUACAACAAAAAGGCACAUCUCCUUCAAAACUAAGUCUGAACCUAGAAAAAGCAAUUUGGAAAAGUUACAUUUAAGGCCACAUGUUGUACCAGCAAAUGUAAAAAGUCAAGAAGCCAAAUCAAAAGAACCAGAGAAAGAAAAUUUGAAACCAAGAUCUACUAGAUCACUUUAUUUUCUUAAGGAUAUAGCUGAGAUGGAGUAUGCUAAACCCUUGAAUGAUCUAUAUUCACAGCAUAGUCAAGCAUACAGAAGAAGGUUGGGUUCUACAGUCUUUUCUCCUAUACCAGGUAUUGAAUCUAAUGCUUAUAAAAAGGAAAAAGACUCUAUUUUCUUUGCAGAAGAAAUGAAAUCUAUCAAAAGUGAUCAGUUAAGUAAUGAUUCUUCAGUGAAAAUGAAAACCUUGCUCCCCUUGUGCUUUGAGGAUGAAUUGAAAAAGCCAAAUGCCAAGAUAGUAGAUACUAGUCCAGCAAAGACAGAAACAACUCAUGUGGAACAACAUGACACAAAUCCCAUAAUUUUUCAUGAGACUGAAUAUAUAAAAAUGUUACUUUUGACAAAAAAUAGGCUUCCUCCCUAUCUUAUACAAAACGGAAAUAUUUACCCAUAUAAAAGAAAAAAUCUUAUUUUAGAAAGAAAUCAUGAAUACCUCAAAUCUCUAAUUAAUGCUCAAUUUAUUACUCCUUCUGAAUCCAACAGAACUGCUUCCAAAGCAUGGGAGAAAAAUAUUCCAGAAAUAACUUCUGAACUGGAUAAACUAAAUGAUAAACUAAGAAGGAAAACUAUUAAGUGGACAUUAGAAAACCUAUCUUGGAAUAAACUUAUUAGUUUCUCCCAAACUUUUUCCAACUUAGGGAAAAAAGUUGUGGGCUUCUUUGAUAAACCUGUUAUUCAAGAAAUGGAUGCACAAACUGACAGAUCUGAAAGAAUUCUUUCUACAGUAAAACCAAUAAGCACAUACAAAUUCAGUGCCUCACCUAUGAGAUAUUACUCAAAACCAAUAAAAAAGAUGUUGGAAGUACAGGCAUUAAAUAAUGUAACACCACUGGAUAACUUACUAAAGUUUCCAACUGAAAAUUAA